GCGGUGUACUGCGGCAGCAUCGGCUGGAAGCGCGGACUAAGACCGUCUUGCGAAGAGGUAGUGGUGCGGUUCGUUAGUUCCACGGGUCUUUCGCCGCAAGUAUCAGAGAGCAAAGGAGGGAAGCGGGUUCCUGCGUGAUGCUCCGCUUGAGACCGCUACAUUUCAUCUGAAAAAGACGUCUCACAGGAGGAGAGUAGCCUGAUCUCUUCCAAGGCGAGGCUUUUUAUUUUUGUUUUAAAAGAAAAGAGGCUAAUUCAACGUGAGGGGGCUGACACCUCUCAAGCGGUGCAUCACCUGAGAGAAGAGCAACUGCGCCAACAUGGGGGACAAAGUUGACCGAUCCCCCAAGAAGAAGAAGGGGCAGACGGCCAAGGACAUGGAUGACCUGAAGAAGGAAGUGCCCAUUACGGAACACAAGAUGUCCGUUGAAGAAGUAACCAGAAAGUUCCAGACUGAUAUUGUCCAGGGACUGACCAAUGCCAAGGCAGCAGAGAUUUUGGCCAGGGAUGGUCCCAAUGCUCUCACCCCUCCACCCACCACCCCAGAGUGGGUCAAGUUCUGUCGCCAGUUGUUUGGUGGGUUCUCCAUCCUGCUGUGGAUUGGCGCCAUUCUUUGCUUUCUGGCCUAUGCCAUCCAGGCAGCCACAGAGGACGAUCCUGCAGGCGACAACUUGUACCUGGGUAUUGUGCUCACAGCUGUUGUCAUCAUCACUGGCUGCUUCUCAUACUUCCAAGAGGCUAAGAGCUCCAAAAUCAUGGAGUCUUUUAAGAACAUGGUGCCUCAGCAAGCACUGGUGAUCCGUGAGGGUGAGAAGGUGCAGCUCAACGCUGAAGACGUGGUGGCCGGAGAUCUGAUAGAAGUAAAGGGAGGAGACAGGAUCCCUGCUGACAUCAGGGUGGUUUCUGCUCAUGGCUGCAAGGUGGAUAAUUCCUCCUUAACAGGAGAAUCAGAACCACAGAGCAGGUCACCUGACUGCACCCAUGACAACCCCUUGGAGACCCGAAACAUCGCUUUCUUCUCCACCAACUGUGUGGAAGGCACAGCUCGUGGUAUCGUCAUCUACACCGGAGAUCGCACAGUCAUGGGUCGUAUUGCUACUCUGGCUUCUGGUUUGGACACCGGCAAAACUCCCAUCGCCAAGGAAAUUGAGCACUUCAUCCACAUUAUCACAGGUGUGGCCGUCUUCCUCGGUGUGACGUUUUUCAUCCUGGCCAUCAUCCUGGGUUACUCCUGGCUGGAAGCUGUCAUCUUCCUUAUUGGCAUCAUUGUGGCUAAUGUGCCUGAGGGGCUGCUGGCCACAGUCACUGUAUGUUUGACUUUGACUGCCAAGCGUAUGGCUAAGAAGAACUGCCUUGUAAAGAACUUGGAAGCUGUGGAAACCUUGGGCUCCACUUCCACCAUCUGCUCUGACAAGACCGGCACCCUGACCCAAAACAGGAUGACUGUGGCCCACAUGUGGUUUGACAACCAGAUCCAUGAGGCAGACACCACCGAGGAUCAGUCAGGUGCUUCCUUUGACAAGAGCUCAGUGACGUGGCAGGCUUUGUCUCGUAUCGCUGCUCUAUGUAACAGGGCGCAGUUCAAAGCAGGACAGGAUGCAAUACCCAUCCUGAAGAGAGACGUUGCAGGCGACGCUUCUGAGUCGGCCCUGCUGAAAUGUAUAGAGCUGUCUAGCGGCUCUGUCAGGGCCAUGAGAGACAAAAACAAGAAAGUUGCUGAGAUUCCCUUUAACUCCACCAACAAAUACCAGUUAUCAGUGCAUGAGACAGAGGACCCCAAUGACAACCGCUACCUGCUAGUGAUGAAGGGAGCUCCUGAAAGGAUCCUAGAUCGUUGUUCAACCAUCCUGCUGCAGGGCAAAGAGCAACCGAUGGAUGAGGAGUUGAAAGAGGCUUUCCAGAAUGCAUACAUGGAACUGGGAGGACUGGGAGAGAGAGUACUAGGUUUCUGUCACUUGCUCCUGCCAGAGGACCAGUACCCCAAAGGUUUUGCCUUUGACACAGAUGACGUUAACUUCCAGACAGACAAUCUUUGCUUUGUUGGCCUCAUGUCCAUGAUUGACCCUCCUCGUGCUGCUGUGCCUGAUGCUGUUGGGAAAUGCCGAUCUGCUGGUAUCAAGGUUAUUAUGGUCACUGGUGAUCAUCCAAUCACAGCUAAAGCUAUUGCCAAGGGAGUGGGCAUCAUCUCAGAGGGCAAUGAAACAGUGGAGGACAUCGCAGCUCGUCUCAACAUACCUGUGAGCCAGGUCAACCCCAGGGAUGCCAAAGCCUGUGUGAUUCAUGGCUCCGACCUGAAGGAUUUGUCUCAGGACCAGAUGGACGACAUCUUGAGGAAUCACACAGAGAUCGUGUUUGCCAGAACCUCCCCACAGCAGAAACUCAUCAUUGUAGAAGGGUGCCAGAGACAGGGUGCCAUCGUGGCUGUGACAGGUGACGGUGUGAAUGACUCUCCUGCACUGAAAAAAGCCGACAUUGGUGUUGCCAUGGGAAUCUCAGGCUCUGAUGUGUCCAAACAGGCUGCAGACAUGAUCCUAUUGGAUGACAACUUUGCCUCUAUUGUCACCGGAGUAGAAGAAGGCCGCCUGAUUUUUGAUAACUUAAAGAAGUCCAUUGCCUACACAUUAACCAGCAACAUCCCAGAGAUUACUCCCUUCCUACUCUUUAUCAUAGCCAACAUUCCUCUACCUCUAGGAACCAUCACCAUUCUCUGUAUUGAUCUGGGAACUGACAUGGUUCCAGCCAUCUCUUUGGCUUAUGAAACAGCUGAGAGCGACAUCAUGAAGCGUCAGCCCAGGAACCCAUUCAGGGACAAGCUUGUGAACGAGAGGCUUAUCAGCAUUGCUUAUGGACAAAUUGGUAUGAUCCAGGCUCUGGGAGGCUUCUUCAGCUACUUUGUCAUUCUGGCUGAAAAUGGUUUCCUGCCCGGUACCCUGCUGGGCAUCAGGCUCAACUGGGAUGAUCGUAGUGUAAAUGAUCUAGAAGACAGCUAUGGGCAGCAAUGGACAUAUGAACAAAGGAAGAUUGUGGAGUUCACAUGUCACACAGCCUUCUUUGUCAGCAUCGUCGUAGUGCAGUGGGCCGAUCUCAUCAUCUGCAAGACCAGACGUAACUCUGUGUUCCAGCAGGGCAUGAGGAACAAGAUCUUGAUCUUCGGCCUGUUUGAAGAGACAGCCCUAGCUGCCUUCCUGUCUUACUGCCCAGGCAUGGAUGUGGCCCUCAGGAUGUAUCCUCUAAAGCCUUCCUGGUGGUUUUGUGCAUUUCCUUAUAGUUUUCUCAUCUUUGUUUACGAUGAAGUACGAAAACUUAUCCUUCGCCGAAAUCCUGGAGGUUGGGUGGAAAAGGAGACAUACUAUUGAUCACCAGAGCACCUCCGCUCAAGCCUCUUACAUCUUCUAUUCAUACGUUUAUGCCCCGUCACUCCAUCCUUGGCAAGAUACAUCUCCAGAUGCCCCUUCCCUUUUAAAGACAAAAACCGCUUUGAAGCAAUUUUCAUCACAACUGCCCCAAAGAUUAAAAACAGCAAAAGCACCUUUACAACUUUCUACAUUGACCUGCGCUCUUUCUCCUUACCUCCUAUGAUACUCUUUGCAUGUGUCCUCUCACUGCUGUGUACUUAAACCAAUAUAUCUACCAAACGGCAGCUGCAUAUUGUGUAUGUAGAUUUGAAUGAACUAAAGAUACAAAGGGAGUGUCAAUGCUCUGCGAAAAGGACCAUCCAGCUCCUUCUUCCCAUUUUCUCCUCUGCUGUCUUUCUGUAUACCUCCGUUUCCCUCUGCUUUCCCUUGCCAACCCUUUGCUUGCCCCCAAUCACACACAGAUCAAAAAAAUCAGUGUGAUUUGACCGCAGACACAUCGACUGCCACCUCGCCUCCGUUUCCUGUUUGUGGAGGACCCGCAUAGUGGUCCUUUCCCCGGCGAUCUUACUGCAUCCAUUUUCCGUUUUUUUCUGUUCUCCACGGCCACAGUGUUGUUUUUUCUUUUGUUAAUAUGUCAAGUGGGAGGGAUUUGGAUUAUUUUAUUUAUCUUUUUUAUUUCUGAUGUGGGAGAGAAGGUGUGUGAGAACUGCUUUUCCUCAUUUAGGCUUAACAGAACACACCCCAUGGUGCCCUGUCCUCUCUCUCUCUCCCCCUUCUGUCUCUCACACCCUUCUCUCCCUUCCCUCCUGCCCCAUUUGUCUCUGUUUGUGUGCACAGUGUGAACCAUUGUCCUUGUUAAUAACUAAUACAGUACAUUCUCUCUCCCGUGUUGGUAAAGACAACUCAAUCUUUCUGUGUGCUCUAGGAAAUCUAUACAAUUCUAUACUGAAUUUAAAUGAAACAAUAAAAAUGAUGUUGAGAAACAAUGCGAGAGAGAUGCAUUCAUGAAGGCCAUUUACAAUAUUGGUUAGAAUAUUAAAAAUGAGGAUAUCUGUCUCUCUUUUUUUGUAUUUCAUAUGUUUUUUUGGUUUCUUUUUGCUGGUUUCUCAGGAGGCUAAAGUGUAACAGCAAAGCAGGGCUUCAGGUUGUUUAUACCAAAAGGCUUCAGGUUCCUGUCACUGCAUGUGUGCAGGUAUGAUGUGGUGAAUUGUGCUGUGAUAUGGUGAGUGGAUGACAAUUGAGUCCAUGUGCCUGGGGCCUAUUUACUGGACCGGAUCUGGGUCCAGUUCGGAUAUUUGACCAGUCCGGCCCAGAUCUGUGUGUGCACGUAUGUGUUGUGGAGACCAGUGAAGGGCCAACGGUCUCUGGUGGCUGAAAAAGUUGAGAUUGAAGAAAUAAAAUACACAACUAGUAGAAAAUGUGUGUGUCAAAUAAAUGCAACCAACACCAAUAAAACAUCUAGAACAUUUAAUACAACCCAAA